GGAGGGGCGGGCGCCAUCGGCUGCGGGCGCCGGGGCUGCCUCCUGCCCGGCGCUGCCUCCUGCCCGGCGCCCCCCCCGCGGGCCGCUCUCCGGGCCCCCCUACCCCUCCGCCUCCCUCCUUCCCCGGCCCCGAGAGGGAGGCUCCGCGAUGCGGCUGCUGUGAGCGAGGCCACAGCGGAGGAGGAGGAGGAGGAGUAGGGGGCCGCGGGCUCCAACGGUCGCAGGGCAGCGCCGUGCCGGCCCGGCCAUGAGCGGCGCCCCGCAGCAGCCCCCGCAGCCGCGGCGGGUCACCAACGUCGGCUCGCUGCUGCUCACCCCGCAGGAGAACGAGAGCCUCUUCAGCUUCCUCGGCAAGAAAUGCGUGACGAUGUCUUCAGCUGUUGUUCAAAUAUAUGCAGCAGAUCGCAAUGCCAUGUGGUCAAAGAAAUGCUGUGGUGUAGCUUGCCUUGUAAAGGACAAUCCUCAGAGGUCAUAUUUUAUCAGAAUAUAUGACAUUAAGGAUGGAAAAUUAUUGUGGGAGCAGGAGCUGUACAAUAACUUUGUAUAUAAUAGUCCUAGAGGAUAUUUUCAUACCUUCGCUGGAGAUACAUGUCAAGUUGCUCUUAACUUUGCUAAUGAAGAAGAGGCGAAACUAUUCCGCAAAACAGUAACAGAUUUACUUGGACGACGGCAGAGAAAAUCUGAAAAAAGACGAGAUCCACCCAAUGGUCCAAAUCUACCAAUGGCAACUGUUGAUAUCAAAAACCCAGAAAUUACAACUAACAGAUUUUACACUCCACAAGUCAACAAUAUUUCAUAUACCAAAGAAAAGAAGAAAGGAAAAACUAAAAAGAGAAGAUUGACGAAGGCAGAUAUUGGAACACCAUCUAACUUCCAACACAUUGGACAUGUUGGUUGGGAUCCAAACACAGGUUUUGAUGUGAACAACUUGGACCCAGAACUGAAAAACUUGUUUGAUCUAUGUGGAAUUUCAGAGGCUCAACUGAAAGACAAAGAAACUUCCAAGGCCAUAUAUGAUUUCAUUGAAAAAACAGGAGGUGUGGAGGCAGUUAAAAAUGAACUGCGCAGACAAGGGCCCCCACGUUGGAGUGCUCCACCACCACCGCCGCCGUGCAGAGGAGGACCCCCUCCGCCGCCACCACCACCUCCCCACAGCUCGGGCCCUCCUCCUCCCCCUGCUAGAGGCCGAGGGGCGCCACCUCCACCUCCCUCAAGAGCCCCGAUAACGGCACCUCCGCCCCCGCCUCCAUCUAGAAUAGGUGCCACCGUGCCCCCGCCUCCCCCCAACAGGAUGUAUCCUCCUCCACCGCCGGUGCAUUCAUCCUCUGCGCCACCCGGUCCUCCUCCGCCACCGCCACCACCGGUCAGCGGGUCGUCUGCUCCCCCACCACCACCUCCUCCUCCGCCGCCUCCUGGUCCUCCUCCACCGCCAGGCCUUCCUUCAGAGGUCGAUCACCAGCUUCCAGUUCCUGCAGGAAACAAAGCGGCGCUCUUAGAUCAAAUCAGAGAAGGAGCCCAGUUAAAGAAAGUAGAACAGAACAGUCGACCGGUGUCUUGCUCAGGAAGAGACGCGUUGUUAGACCAGAUAAGACAGGGGAUACAGCUCAAAUCUGUAUCUGAUGGCCAAGAGAGUGCACCACCUACACCUGCACCCACCUCAGGAAUUGUGGGUGCAUUAAUGGAAGUUAUGCAGAAAAGGAGCAAAGCCAUUCAUUCUUCAGAUGAAGACGAGGAUGAAGAUGAUGAAGAAGACUUUGAAGAUGAUGAUGAAUGGGAUGAUUGAUCAUAUAUUAUAUAUAUUUUUUUUAAGGUGAAUGAUAUACUAAACACUACUUUCUGUCUAUGGAUUCUGUAAAAUUAUUAUGUAAAUGUUCUACCAAUUUGCUGUAUAUUUUUGUUGCCUUUUGCUUUUUUAUUAAUCUGUGCAAUACCUCAUUUAAUCUGUAAAGGUUUGUCAUAAUCCUCUACAAAGCUACUCCCUGUUAAUGUGUGCAAGUUUACACCUGAAUGAUCAUGUACAUGUGAAUACUUUCCAUUCCAUCAGUAAGGGAGUUUAAAUGUAACAUGUGAGACUGACAAAAACCUUAAUGUAAUUUAGUUAUAAUGCAAGAAGGAAAACACUAUUUUCAUACCCUACUUUUUCUGUAUCUAAAUUUUCUUAUUAAAACCUAGUAUAGCACUAUGUUCUUUAAGUGAUGCAGCUCUUAGUUUAUUUAGCCCCUUCAUUUCAAAUGCAAUGCUACUUGAAUGUUGAGGCUGUUUUAAUACUAUUGCAUGGUUUCAGAUACAUCACAACGUUGCAGUUCAAAUCUUAGCAGUAUACUUUUCGUAAAACAGAAUCACCACAGUGCACAGCUAGUUGUGAAGAUUGCCUUGCCAUAACUGUAGCAAUACUGACUGCUGUUGAAUAGCAGGAGUAGUUGAAAGCUUUAAUUAGGGAACUCUCCAUCGGAAUUAAACAGGAUGGCUUUAUGUUGUGAUACAGGCAUCUUGGAUGCAGACCGGUUCAGUCCUUUUUUUUCCUAGUUCUUGACUUUUCAGAAUGAAGAAAUGCAGAUUACUGGGGGCUGUACUGAAGGCUCGCAAUUGCUACAGUUUGAUUUAUUUUUAAAAUCAUUUUUAUGUGGUUUUCAAGCUGAAGGGCUGCGUUUAAUGCUUGCUUCAAUAAUGUUUAAUUACUUUUAAAAAUUUGUAGGGCAUUGGUGUACUAAUAAAGUAAACAUAAGCGGGAUUACUUUGCGGUCUUUGUGUUAUGGUACAUGGCAAAUACUGAAACACCAGUCCUACAUGCAAAAAGUUGGAAAGCCAUUAACUCACAGCAUAUGGUUUGACGGCAUACUGGAACUUCAUGGCAGUAUUCUGUUUUCAUACGAUGGCUUUAAGACCAAGGGUUGUGGUGAAAGUCAAGACCCCUACUCACAUGAGUUGUAUUUGAAUAAGUGGACAAAAAUGGGAUUCUUACUUCACAGCUUGAACAUUUAUACGUUGUACUUUGUAGUGCAGUAAAUAUCAGCAUAUCUGCCUAUUAUAAAAUACUAAUCUUUGCUAAGUGGGUAUUUAAUAUUUGCAGCAUUAAUUACUGUACCUACUGUAAUUUUCAGGUAGAUUUUUUUUUUUU